ACUUUGCAUAGAUAAUAAUCAGAGAGUAGCAGCAGCCUAACAAAUGGGGUGGGACAGUGCAAAUAGUAUUGGUAGCCAUUUGAUUAGCUGUUCAGGAGUCUUAUGGCUUGGGGGUAGAAGCUGUUUAGAAGCCUCUUGGAUCUAGACUUGGCGCUCCGGUACCACUUGCCGUGCGGUAGCAGAGAGAACAGUCUAUGACAAGGUCGGCUGGAGUCUUUGACAAUUUUUAGGGCUUUCCUCAGACACCGCCUAUGUGUGUUGUACAUGCACCCUGGGUUAAUUUUCCUGUUUUAAGGACAUCUCCCAAUCUCUCUGUUAUGUGGUAAACGUUCAUCUCUGGGUCUUUGGGUUUGGUAUAAGAGCUUGAGAUAGGCUAUUGCACCUGUCCAUAAAUCCACAAUAGCCUACAAUUUAUAAUUCAGGAAAAUGACUAUAUGUAGAAUCCUGUAGAAUGGUAUAUACAGCAUGCCAUACAAGUCCACGAGGAGACCUGACCAAUUAAGCCUUUCAUGAAUACCAUAUGCAAUAAAAACGUCCCAUGACGGUAAUCUUUAUUUAGCCAAGGCAUAGAUCUGGAGAGAGACAUAUUCAAAUUAAAUUGAACAGACAGAGACAGAUCUGCCUGAAGUUACACAGUUUGUCACAACACAGGGAACACAUUUAUUUCAACAUGUGAAACAAUCGUCUGUUGUGUACUAGAAUAAAGAGGAAAUCUUCUGAGACAUGUCAUGUGAAAUAUGACUGUAAGUCUGUAACAUGACUCAGAACGUCACAGGCGGAAGGUCAUGGAGCAAUAGAACGGAAGCGAGAGUAAUAGCACAUCCGCCGUUGUGGAAUAGUGUAUUCCAAUCGGGCAUUAGGCAGUUUCAGAGUGAGUGAUAUAUUUUAGCCGAACGUCAAUUAGAUUGGAAACAUAUAGGCUUACAUCAUUGACAGAUACAAAGACGCAAUCCUCGGCGCUCGAGAAAAGAUUGUAGCGAUCUGACGACUGGAGAAAAACACCGCCUCUACAUACACAGAGAGAUUGGAUAACCCGAGACUCGCUGAGAAAAAAAUAUCGGAGUGCAGAAGCAGGAGAAACCGUGGACAGUCACAAACCGCAUUCAGUUUCGGCUCCUGGAGGAUGUCUGGAACCACCGUCGAUCAGAGACCCAAAGGACAAGGAAAUAAAGUACAAAACGGAUCAAUGCAUCAGAAGGAGGGAGUAAACGAUGAAGACUUUGAACCUUACCUAAGCAGCCAGACAAAUCAGAAUAACAGCUACCCACCAAUGUCCGACCCCUACAUACCCAGCUACUAUGCUCCUUCCAUCGGCUUCCCUUACUCCCUGGGGGAGGCCCCCUGGUCCACUGCGGGGGACCCCCCCAUGCCCUACCUGACCACCUAUGGACAGAUGAGCAAUGGCGAGCACCACUUUAUCCCCGACGGGGUGUUCAGCCAGCCGGGCGCCCUGGGCAACACCCCUCCCUUCCUCAGCCAGCACGGCUUCAACUUCUUCCCUGGAAACGCAGACUAUUCCACCUGGGGCACCAGUGUCUCUCAGGGCCAGUCCACACAGAGCAAUGCCUAUAGUAAUAGUUAUGGUUACACCCCUAGUUCCCUGGGGAGGGCUAUAGCUGAUGGACAGGCAGGCUUCAGCAGUGAUGCCCAGAUCAGUAAGGUCCCGGUACUGAGCAGCAUCGAGCAGGGCAUGACUGGGUUAAAACUGGACAUGGGCGCCGCCGUCACCAAGACUGUCGGCUCGCCCCUUGGGGGCACGUUGGGCAUGAGUAGCAUGGCGGCCAAUAACAUGCCUCCAUUGGUUAGUUCCUCUGCCCCCAAACCCACGUCCUGGGCAGCCAUUGCCAGGAAGCCGGCCAAGCCCCAACCCAAGGUCAAGCCCAAAGCCAACAUGGGGAUGGGAGCCCCUGCCAUUCCCCCGCCGCCCAUAAAGCACAACAUGAACAUUGGCACCUGGGACGAUAAGGGCUCCGUCAACAAGCCCCCCUUAGCUCAGGCCAUGAUGCAACCUCAGACCAUGGUGCAGCAGACCCUGAUGGGCCAGCCCCAGCCCCUGCUGCAGAGCCCUCUGCCCCACCAGCACCCACACCAGCACCAACAUCAGCACCAGCAGCACCACCAACCCUUUCAGCUGCAGUCCCUCCAGUCUCCCCAACACCCCCAGCAGAUGCCUCCAGGCCCCCCUCACCACCACCAACACACCCACCAGAACUUCUCCUCCCAGCCUGGCCCCCCUCAACCUAUGCAUCAACACCAACAUCCCCAACCCCCACCCCAGAACCGCUGGGUGGCACCCCGGAACAGGGGCACCUUCAACCAAGGAGGGGCGGAAGGCUUUGGGAUGGGUGUUGGUGGGGUCCCCCUUAGUGCCUCUCCCAGCUCCGGGGAGGUGCACCCGGUGUUAGAGAAACUGCGGGCCCUCAACAACUACAACCCCAAAGACUUUGACUGGAACCUGAAGAACGGCCGCGUGUUCAUCAUCAAGAGCUACUCUGAGGACGACAUCCACCGCUCCAUCAAGUACUCCAUCUGGUGCAGCACCGAGCACGGCAACAAGCGCCUGGACGGGGCCUACCGCUCGCUGGGGGCCAAGGGGCCCCUCUACCUGUUGUUCAGCGUCAACGGCAGCGGUCAUUUCUGCGGCGUGGCAGAGAUGCGCUCGCCCGUGGAUUACAACGCCUACGCAGGCGUCUGGUCUCAGGACAAGUGGAAGGGCAAGUUUGAGGUGAAGUGGGCAUUUGUGAAGGACGUGCCCAACAGCCAGCUGAGGCACAUCAGACUGGAGAACAAUGACAACAAGCCCGUCACCAACUCCAGGGACACUCAAGAGGUGCCUCUGGAAAAGGCCAAGCAAGUGCUUAAAAUUAUUGCCACUUUCAAGCAUACCACCUCAAUCUUUGAUGACUUUGCACAUUACGAGAAGCGCCAGGAGGAGGAAGAGGCCCUGCGGAGGGUGAGAGAACCGUGCUGCUGACACACACAGCCUUUUCCUUUUGGGGACCGGCGAAGUGGCAGCACUUGUCUGAAUUUUCCUUGUUUUACGAUCCUUGUGAGGACUUCUGGUCCCCACAAGGAUAGUAAAACCACACACACACACACACACACACACACACACACACACACAGCCCUAUUGUAUCAGCUGGCAGCAGAGUGUGUAUGUGUGUGAGAUGGUCACUCAGUCAUACAGUGUAAUACUGGUCAGUGGUCAACAGCGGUCAUCAUCUGGCCUCUCUUAGUUCGUAGGCUUCUUGUCUACUCUAACAAUCCAUUUCUACCAGUGUCAUUAGUCCAAGGUGGUGGGUUCUACCAGUGUCAUUAGUCCAAGGUGGUGGGUUCUACAAGUGUCACUAGUCCAUGGUAGUGGGUUCUACCAGUGUCACCAGUCCAUGGUGGUGGGUUCUACCAGUGUCACUAGUCCAUGGUAGUGGGUUCUACCAGUGUCACUAGUCCAUGGUAGUGGGUUCUACCAGUGUCACUAGUCCAAGGUGGUGGGUUCUACCAGUGUCACUAGUCCAUGGUAGUGGGUUCUACCAGUGUCACUAGUCCAUGGUAGUGGGUUCUACCAGUGUCACUAGUCCAAGGUGGUGGGUUCUACCAGUGUCACUAGUCCAUGGUAGUGGGUUCUACCAGUGUCACUAGUCCAAGGUGGUGGGUUCUACCAGUGUCACUAGUCCAAGGUGGUGGGUUCUACCAGUGUCACUAGUCCAAGGUGGUGGGUUCUACCAGUGUCACUAGUCCAAGGUGGUGGGUUCUACCAGUGUCACUAGUCCAAGGUGGUGGGUUCUACCAGUGUCAUUAGUCCAUGGUGGUGGGUUCUACUAGUGUCAUUAGUCCAAGGUGGUGGGUUCUACCAGUGUCACUAGUCCAUGGUAGUGGGUUCUACCAGUGUCAUUAGUCCAAGGUGGUGGGUUCUACCAGUGUCAUUAGUCCACGGUGGUGGGUUCUACCAGUGUCAUUAGUCCAAGGUGGUGGGUUCUACCAGUGUCAUUAGUCCAAGGUGGUGGGUUCUACCAGUGUCAUUAGUCCAAGGUGGUGGGUUCUACCAGUGUCAUUAGACCAAGGUGGUGGGUUCUACUAGUGUCAUUAGUCCAAGGUGGUGGGUUCUACCAGUGUCACUACAUUAGUCCAAGGUGGUGGGUUCUACUAGUGCCAUUACUCUAAGGUGGUGAGGUAGGUUCAUGUGUUGAAUUAGCAGCUCAUCCCUCAGGCCUGACCAUCUCUGCAUUGGUCCAACCAGGAAACACUAUCUGAUCUGGCAGCCAUUUUGUGUGACUGUGUGCUUCUAUUAGAGUGAUGAUUCGCCCACGGAACUGGAGAGUGGGACACGCAGGGGUUUCCUGAAAUUGGCUGCAUUCCUCACAUACCUCCUCUCAGACAAAGGCAGAAGCGGCUCUGAUCUACCUUUGAACACCAGGCCUCUGGCAGAGACGGGCUCCUCUUGCUUCAUUAGCUGUACAGCCCCACUCUAUAUGCCUAAUGUAUAUCACUGGGUUUCUAUGGGUUCCGUUUUAACAUUGUUUAUGUUUCGGGGUUAUUUCACAAUGUUUUGGGAAACAAUUACAUUAUUCAAUGGUUCUUACUUGCGCAAGCCGACACACUUUGAGCAAUAAUAUACAUACAACCUAUUGAAGGCAGAGAACUGAGACAAUUCCAAUUCACACAUGAGUAUAAUACACACUUGUACAUGUGUGAAAUAAGACAAAUAUAAGCACCCAGCUAAUUAUUAUCAUUGUUAUAGGAUGGACCAGCUAGGAAAUCUAGGAAACACAUUCUUAAUUAAAAAUACAUAUUCUAAUCUCAUUAUAUUAAAGGCCCAGUGCAGUCAAAAUGUGAUUUUCCCUGUGUUUUAUGUAUAUUUCUACACUGAGGUUGGAAUAGUACUGUGAAAAUGAUGAUAAUGUCCUUUUAGUGUAAGAGCUGUUUGAAAAGACCAUCUGAAAUGUCAGCCUGUUUUGGUGGGGUGGAGUUUUGGCCUGCCUGAUGACCUCACCAGGUGGUAAAUGAGUUAAUAGACCAAUAAGGAGUUCCAAACCUCUCGGCCAAUAACAGCCAGUUUGCUGUUUUCCCGUCCCCACUCAGACCACUCCCAGAUAGUCCUAGCACAAUUCUUGCUUUAGAAAUGACUCCUUGCAAAGAAGAUAUUUUUGUUUCUUUUUGAAAACAAUCACAUUAAGGUACUUCAUUGUUACCCAGAAAUGAUUUGAUAUUGAGCUAAAAAAAAUGUCAGGAUUGGACCGUUAAGAA